GGUCACGCUCUGUGUGUGUGCAUCAUGUGCAUGUGUGUGAGUGACGUAAGCAAGCGCGGCAGUUUCGUUGCUACUAGACAGACAAAGCUACUUCUGCUAUUCGAGAGUGGCUUAAAGCAUAACUUGUGUUUGGGAGGAAUAAGCGGGGGCCGACCAUGGCACUCCAAAACGAAGCGGAUUUACCACCCAGUUUAACAUGUCUCAAAAAUGUGGAUACCCUGCUCCGGUGUCCCAUUUGCUUUGAUUUUGUCAGCAUUGCAAUGAUGACUAAAUGCUCUCAUAAUUUUUGUUCCUUGUGCAUCAGAAAAUUUCUAUCCUACAAGUUGCAAUGCCCAGUUUGCAAUUCAUCUACAACCGAGCAGGACCUUAGAAACAACCGCAUAUUGGAUGACCUCGUCACAAGCUUCCAAUCGACCAGACUGGAGCUGUCAAAAGUAAGCUUUGACUCGCCGCCGCAAUCGCCCCCAACCUCAGCCGUACGAUGCAGCACUCCCAGGGCCAGGGGCCCGGCACGUGACGGUUCCAUCCUGAGUCAUUUCUUCCAGAAGGGACUCAAAGCGUCCCCCUCUACGACCACCCAACAAGGAGAAAGCACUCCUCGCGUCUCCCGCACGAGAAUACAGGCCAGACUCGCCCGGGCCUCGGGUCAAGCAGAGCUCCCCUUAACAAACACUUCUCUUGGAGUGGCGAUAAAGGAAGAGAUUAAGGAGGAAGAGAUAGGGUUGGAGGUGACGAGAAGGAUGGAGGUUUCAUCUUCGGUCGCUCAAGCACCCACCGCCUCUUCGUUGGCAGCAGAAGAGGAUGUAAAGCCGGUGAUCAAAGUUGAUUGCCCCGUGUGCUCGGUGGGCAUCCCCCAGCAGAUGAUCAACAAGCACCUGGACUCCUGCCUGACCCGCGGGGAGAAGAAGGAGAGCCUGAGGAGCUCGCUGGUAGCCAACAGGAAGCCGAUGGGUAAGCUGGUGUACCACCUGCUGUCGCUGCAGGACCUGAGGAGAAGGCUCCGGGACUGCCACCUGCCCACACAGGGCCAACGGGACCAUCUAGUCAGGAGGCACCAGGACUUUGUGCACAUCUACAACGCCCAGUGCGACUCCCUGAGUCCCAAAUCAGUUGAGGACAUCGCCAAAGAAGUGCAGGGCAAUGAGAAGAUGAGGAACCAGCUGCAGGGAAAGGCCAAGCCUGUCUUGGUCUUCUCGAAGUAUCAGUCUGAGGAGGAGAUCGACGAGGUGCAUUCUAGUUACAGAAAGCAACACAGCUCGACCUUCUCCCGCCUCGUCUCCCAGGUCAAAAAUCGUUUAAAGACUCGGCCCAGACAGGAAGCAGUUCCAGAAGGAGACGUGGCAGCGAGAUCGCAGUGUAAAGCUUCAGGGUCACAGGCUUCCGCUGAGGAUCCGUCCAUCGCAUUGCUGCAAGCCGGAUCUGAAGAACCGCAAUCAGAAGCAGAGGAUGUGGCACCAGUCAGUCCUGCUGGCAGUGUAAUUUCGAUUAGCAGCUCGGUCUCCGACAUCAUCGGCCCGGAACCGGAGACACACGUAACGUGCCCGGAGACGACUCCGGCCCGCAAGAGGCCUCCUGCCUUCAGGGACGAGGACGGGUCCCCCCCCCUGCUCAGCCUGGGAAAACGCUGUCGCAAAAGCUGAGGACCAAUCCUGGGUAGAGAGAGAGAGAGAGAG